CAGUACAAUGUAGAUAUUCCACCUAGAGGCAUGCAGGGCUUUGCUUCAUUCUCAUGUGAGUAGGUUGGUGUCGCAUUGUUACCUGCCUCCUCUCACUGCUCAGGUGUGUAACAUAGUGUGUAACAUAGUGUGUAACACAGUAACAGCCAGGGACUCGCUUGCAUCAUGGGCUUUGCUGGAAACAAGUUCUUCUUUCUCCUGUGCUGCGUGGGAUUCAUGGCAGGGUUCAUCUACAGAAUUCUGCCGAUAGACUCUUUUGAUCAGUACCAUCUUCCUCCUCCCAAAAACGCCAGUGCUAAGAACUCCAACCUUACAUAUGAGGAAUCUGAGUUUGCAGACCUUCUCAAACUGAUAGACUGGCCUUCACCUCCAUUUUCCAUUACCAACUUCAGUCUUUCCACCAACCCCAAGCAGUGCUGGUACGAGCUGAUGAGUCCACGUACUGUAUACCAUGUGGGUGAAACAUUAGAAGUUCUUAUCACAGCCAAGGAUCACUAUGGAAAACUCAAGUCCUAUGGUGGGGACUUCUUCCAAGCCAAGCUGCACUCUCCAAAAAUUAAAGCUGGUGUCACUGGGCAUUUGAAGGAUCUUAACAAUGGCACCUAUUUAGCAACAUUUCUUCUUCCAUGGGAAGGGGAGGCCCAAGUGAACAUCAGGUUGAUUCACUCAAGUGAGGCUGUGUCUGUACUUAAGGACAAAAGAGAGAGACAUCCGGAAAAGGUGUAUUUUAAUGGGUAUUUCCAUUUUAAUGGGAGCAGUGAAGUAAAAGAGUGUAACAUUGCAGUCCGAGGAGGAGACGUAUGUAACUACAGUGAUCCUGUGACUGGGGACCCCUGGCAGUGCUUAAAACCCCAGAAGAUGCCAUGCGACUCAUUGGUCUAUCACUCCAUGGGCGGGUACCGCAGAGUCACCAACUCACUGGAGGAUUCGUUACUCAAUGGCUCUGUCACUGCUCAGAAUAUUAAAGGAGCUGGAGCUUUUACUUCAAUCAAGAUAGAGCCAGCCACCAACUCUACAGGUCUCACAUCUAGACUUCAAGUCUGUUCUCCUGGCCAGGAACCAAGUCAACCUUCUGGGUUUUAUAAUAAUGACAUCUGGACAUCGUUGGUCUGUCUGGGGAGACAUUUCCCCAGCCCAUCUGAUGCUCGUGACUGUCUUAAAGGGAAGGACAUACACAUGUUUGGGGAUUCCACUCUACGCCAGUGGUUUGAGUAUCUGGAGAGCUUUAUACCAUCUCUAAAAAGAAUUGAUCUGCAUGUAAAUUACCAGUCUGGCCCCUUGCUAGCUGUGGAUCCAGACGUUGGCCUGGUGAUGAGAUGGCGGGCACAUGGAAACCCUUUGCGCACCACCAAGACUAUGAUCUCCGACCUGCACUAUGAGACAGCCCACCUGUAUGGGAUUGGUGGUGGACCACAAACUGUCGUGGUCUUUACACUGUGGGCCCACUUCACCACAUACCCAGUCAGUGUAUAUAUACAGAGGUUGUUUAGGUUACGGAGGGCCAUUUCCUCUCUGCUUUUCCGGAGUCCUAAGACCACUGUGCUGAUUAAGUCGGCUAACACUGGCUACAAAUCGAUUUAUGGCAGCGACUGGCUCUCCCUUCAGCUGGACAUUUUACUCAGAGCUAUCUUCAAGGGCAUGGCUGUAACUAUCCUGGAUGUUUGGGACAUGACCUCCUGCCAUUACCUUCCUGAUAAUAUCCAUCCAGGAGCUCCAGUUAUCAGAAACGAAGUGGACCUCAUGUUGUCCUAUAUCUGCCCCAGAUGAAAUCAUAAAGAGAUUAACAUUCAGACAUUUAGACAAGAGCAAAAGAGAUGUUUAGUGGUCUUCAUAAAUCUACAGUGUUGGUGUCAUCUUGCUCUUCCGUUAGCAUCUCACCCUACCAUGGUUUCCAUCCAAACGGUGCCAGGAAAAAUAGGCACUACUGCAUAAUUUCCCCACUGCUACUAUAGGCACCAUCUCUCCUUACUAUACCUGCUAUCCCACAACCACACUCCCUUCCCAGAGACUAUUAUCCACUGUUACUAUAGGCACCAUCUCUCCCUACUAUACCUGCUAUC